AAAUUUAUAAAAAAAGAAAUCUGAUUUCUCUCAAAAUUUUCCGCUUACUAGCUUCUUCCCACCAUGGGUCUUGAUGAUUCUCAAAUCUCAAAUAUGGAAAACGGCAAUCUUCUUCCUUUGAUGGUCUCCACAAACCCUAGAAUACAUUUAGCUCAAAAGUUGUUAGCAGAAUUCAUCGGAACAUAUUGUAUCAUAUUCGCCGGAUGUGGAUCUGUCGCCGUUAAUAAGCUUUAUGGUGGCACUGUAACUUUCCCCGGAAUUUGUGUGACUUGGGGUUUGAUCGUCAUGGCAAUGAUUUACACCGUCGGCCAUGUUUCAGCCCACUUUAAUCCGGCUGUCACUAUUACUUUGUCUCUUUUAGGGUUGCAUUCGUUUCAAGAGGUUAUUUUUUAUAUAUUUUCACAGUUAUUAGGAUCGAUUUCUGCAAGUGGAACAUUGUCGUUGAUAAUGGAUGUGACUCCAGAAGCAUUUUUUGGAACUACACCAGUUGCAUCAACAACACAGUCGUUUAUUGUUGAGAUCAUCAUUACGUUUAUUCUAAUGUUUGUAAUUUCGGGUGCUACUAAUGAUCAUAGAGCGGUAUUUUUUUUAAUUGGCUUGUUUUGUUUUAAAAUAAAAUAUUCUUGUUUAUUACUAAUAUUUGAUUCAAAGUUGCAGAUAAAGAAGCAUGGAGGGAUUGCAGUUGGAAUGACGAUUAUGUUAAAUGUCUUUGUGGGAGGACCAAUUUCUGGAGCAUCGAUGAAUCCUGCAAGGAGUCUCGGACCAGCUAUUGUGAAGCUUAACUUCAAGGGGAUUUGGGCGUACAUCUUUGGUCCACUCAUUGGUGCAAUUUCUGGAGGAUUUGUUUAUAAUUUGUUGAAGCCAACUAAUAAAUCUUUUUGUGAGCUUUUUAUUAAAAGAAGUUAAUUGUUUAUUGUGAGAGAUUUGAUGUAGUUUUAGGUGUAUUGGUAAUAAUUGUUUUUAGAGUUUGAGAUAAAUUUGUUUGAUUGAAGGUGAUGUUAUUCCUUUUAAAAGUUU